CAAACAAGCAACAACUAUCGAUAGCGCGAUUUCAUAUGUCGGGCUACGGUUGACAUCGCCGACUUUUGUGUUGUUUUCAUUUCGCAACGUUUGAUUGGCCGAGCAAAGUGCAUUUAAUGCAAUAUCUGAGAAACGCAAGGUCGGUGCCCUCUCGUUGGCUACUCGCACGCAAUUUAUUACUUGUUGCUGCCGCUACUGCCGCUGUCACAAGUCGCACGGCCUUUGCCACAACCACAACCACUUGCACAUCGGCUAGUAGCUCGUUCAGCCAAAAUCAAAAUAACAAAAUGAGCGACAAGGCGUGUGAUCCAGCUUACAUCGCCGGCACCAGCUCCGUUGCGUUUGUAACCACACCCGACAAAGAGUCGGCUAAGAAACUGGCGCAUGGCAUCAUCGAACGCAAAUUGGCGGCCUGUGUGAAUAUAAUACCGCAAAUCGAGUCCAUCUACAUGUGGGAGGGUAAGGUAAACGAGGAUAACGAGUAUCUUAUGAUGAUUAAGACACGGACCGCUCGCAUUGAUGAGCUGAGCAAGUUUGUACGCGAGAACCAUCCAUAUAGCGUGGCCGAGGUAAUUUCACUGCCCAUACAGGCUGGAAAUCUGCCAUAUUUGAAUUGGAUAACCCAAACCGUGCCGGAGAAAGUGGAGAGCAAAGACUAAUCUGUUAUAUAAAUGCAAAUUAAAUAAACGAUUUAGAUCAUUAAGUUGA